AUGACGUUUAAAGUAUUCAUCCCAUACCUGGCGGCUGCUCUCGCUGUUGCAUUGCAAGGCAUAACACUCAUUUAUAUUCCGCCAAACUCCCACAAACGGAAAUACAUGUUGCCGGUGAUUCUGCUGCCAGUUUCACUCGUUUGCCUUACGGCUCAACAUGCUAGCUUCGUAUGGCCAUGGAACAUCUUCAUCGGCUUGGAAUUUGGUGCUUUACUUGGCCUGGAGGUGUUUGAUAAUGUCUGCCUGUCCAAGGUCUCAUAUCACGCAGUGGGAGUCGCACAAGUGGGAGCGAGAAAGAAGAACGAUGAUGACGAUCCGGAUACUACGAGCGCAUGGAGCCGAUUUUGUGAUAAAGUCCGCUGGUCUGUUGAUAUAGCUAUUAACAAACGGCACAUUAACCGUGCAGACCAAACGCGGAAUGUGCCCCUUUUCGAUCCCAGCAGACCACAGCAUGUUCCAUCGCGGCGCAGUUUUCUCCUCUUCCGUGCCGCACGCUUCAUUCUUCUAUACCUGGCUCUCGAUCUUAUUACAAGCCGACCGCUAGAGGAUGCGCAGGUUAAAUUUGCUGCGGGGAAGGCGCGAAUUUUCACCCGCGUACUGGCGAGAGACAUCUCGCCUGCAGAAAUAGGGGAGGCGUUGGGCCUUAUCAUGGCCCACUGUGACAUUUUGGAGGUAUGUCAUGUCAAGAAUCAGCUCCUUUCCAAAAAAAAUUCCACUCCAUCAACCUACCCGGAUGGCAAAUAUGUGAAUAAGGAAAAGCCGACAAAAGCUGACACCACGCCCUCCCUGGUAACCAAAAGAUUAUUUUGGCACCAGCUCCUACUACGGCCCCUCGACGCAAGUGCCUCCUUCUUAACUCAUUCACUCCUUGGUCUCCCGCGCUACUCUACUAGAGGCAUCAACCGCAUCGUCACCUCUGCCGACAACAGCAGUAAGCUCAGGACAUCACCACCAGAGCAGCAGCAGCAGCAGUCGCAGACGCAAGCCAGCAAACUCCUCCUCCUCAUCACCGCCUACACCAAACUCACCCUCAUCUUCCUGCUGUCGGGCCUCGUUCACAUUAACUCCGACCACAUCCUGGGCAUCCGCUUCCGCGACUCCUAUUCCAUAUCCCUAUUCCUCUGCCAGGCCUGCGGCAUUAUGGUUGAGGACGCGGCCCAGUGGACGUACCGUUGCAUCACUGGGAGCAAAGGAAAUGGGCCUGUGAAGGUAUGGCACCGCCUCGUCGGCUAUGCGUGGCUGGUUGUUUUCGCGCUGUGGGCGGCGCCCGGCUGGGCGUUUUCGGUUGUGAGGUUGGAGGUGCCGCCUACUGCUUUGCCGGUGACGAUAUUUCCCCGCCGUUGA